AUUGACACGUUAACGCUUGGCGUAAAUGUCUGUAUAAAUGCGCUCGCACACAAAUGCAUGUCAGGAGAUAGCCGGAGCAGAGCUUAUCACAAUAUUCGAAGCGAAAUGAUCGAGAGUGUCGCUCGUGUGGACAGAUUUCUAACCUAAAAUACAGAAUCGGGUUGAUAAAUCGCGGAGGGAAAUCAAUUGGGAAACGAUUGGGAAAAUGAGCAACCGGAAAACGAUCAGAAGAGACUCGGACGUCCCUCUUUCAAACCUCAGUCAUAAAGAGUUACUUUUCAAGUUUCUGAUCAUCGGUGAUUACGGCGUUGGUAAAACAGCCAUCGUCCGAAGAUAUACAGAAGGGAAAUUCUCAUCGAAUUACAAGAUUACCAUAGGCGCUGAUUUUGCGAUAAAAACUCUCGACUGGGAUCCCCAUACAAAAAUAAAUCUGCAAUUAUGGGACAUUGCGGGACACGAGAGAUUUGGUUACAUGACGAGAGUUUACUACAAAUACGCGCUUGCCGCUGCUCUGGUGUUCGAUAUCUCGAGGGUUGCGACUUUUCAAUCUGUGAAGAAGUGGCUCGUCGAUUUACGCGAAAAAAUCACCCUCCCAGAUGGAUCCAGCAUCCCCGUCGUACUGCUUGCGAACAAAUGCGACAUUCAACAUGCCGCAGUUCCAAACGAGCAGAUCGUCAAGUUUUGCAAAGAAAACUCCAUCGGUUCCUGGUACAUUACAUCGGCCAAGGAAAACGUUAAUAUCGACGAAGCGAUGCGAUACCUGGUGGAAAAUGUUCUAAAGACCAGAUUAGAAGACGAGAUACGAGAUUCGAUAAAACUUCGAGACGGACCGGUGUUUCAGGAGAAAAAUACGUGUUGUAAAACCUGAUUGAUCAAAAACGCUUCCGUGAAUUCGAGAAAUCUGUUUCGCAUUCGUAUUAAGUUAUAAUAUUCAACUUGAUUCUAAAAAUUACGUCAUUAACCCGAAAUUGACACGAUAUAUCGCUACCCAAGAUGCGUAAAUAUGACGUAUAUGUACAUAACAUUAUCUCACAUUGAUAUACGUACAUACACGAUAUUAAUUGUUAUAUAGGUUUCGAAUUUACGAAUAUGCAUUACCGAUCUUGGAUUGAAAAUUAUGAAAAACAUCAUAUUACAUGUACGUGAAUUAUUGAUAGACACAUAUAUCGUCGUCUGUGUAUAUAUAUAUAUAUUUGGUUUCUUUUUACAGACGUUUUAAUAAUUGUACAUAAUAAUAUGUGGUAAUAUUGAUAUGAAUUUGCGUGUAUAUGCACAUAUCAUAUGUACAUAUAUACAUAUACAUGUUAUUUUUCGUAUUAUAAAAAAAAUGGUCUCUGAUUUUAUCAUUUAUACGUCGACUAAUUUUUAUAACAAUAGUUUAAUUAUCUGCGUAUACCUCUAAUAGCGAUAUAUUUACAAGGGUGUGUAUGUGUAUAUACAUGUAUAUGUUGUUCUUGUUUUGUAUCGUUAUCAUCUUUGGUUAUAAUAAAUUUUUACAUCAUCCUACUGGGCAUAUGAUAUUUUUCUAUAAUAUUGUUUUAGU